AUGCCGCCCAUACCUCCGCCCCUGCGAAGAACGCCAGCGCCGGCCAUUGCCAAAGCGGCUCCGUUGCGAGUGAAGGUGAAGUUAGGUGGUCCGGUGCACCGGCGAAGUGAUCCCGAUCCGUCGAAGAACAGCGUGAGUUAUGCGGGUUUCCGAGAAACGCCGAUAGCUGAUGUCCUGGGCACUGUCUUUCGUUCUGACGGUGGUGGUUUGGUGCAGUUGACUUCUCAAGAUGUCUUUGUGGACCUGGGCUGCGGACAUGGUGAAGUCCUUCUGGCAGCCCAUGCGGCGUAUCCCGAGUGCCACAUCAUUGGGGUCGAGUUGGAUGCAGCCACCUACAGACGUGCACAGGAAGCCACGGUUGAUACCAACAUCCAGGUGCUACAUGCGGACCUUGAUUCUUGCUUCACGCUGCCGUGGAAAGCCCUCGCCACGAAGACUACGGCAAGUGAAACUGGAGAGUUGGCUCUGGACCCAGAGCUGCCAUUGAUGUCACAAGCCACCGUGGUCUACCUUUUCCUGGGCGAAUGGGCCAACCUGACUUUGCGACCUCGAUUGAUGCAGUCCUUACCACUGGGCGCGUGCAUCAUCAGCAGGAGCUUCUCAAUGGGCCACGAGUGGCCCGCAGAUGCCGUGCUACGUGGUGGCCAUGAGGUGAUCUACCGCUUGUACCAGAUAACAGAACGGGUCAAAUGCAAAGCAUUGUUGGCCUCAACGGAAUUAGAAGAUCGCUUCGGUUUGCAUUGGCCGCUUGGCUUCGCGAUUUUCAAACGCGGGUUGGCGGAUGAUGGUGCCCCAACAAUGGAUGGUUUAUUUGCUGGAAAAUCCGGAAAUACAAUGGAUGAUUUUGGGGGGUACCCCUGUUUCAGGAAACCUCGACAUGGGUUUUGGUCAAUUGGUGAACCCCCCAUAAUCUUGAUGAUUCGUUAUCAUGUAGCCCAUUUCCAGCCCUACCAAAACGGCAGAUUGCAGGAGACUUUGAGGGUGUCGAACAGGUUCAUGGCUUGUCAUGUAACCUUUGGAAAACGUUGGGACGGCCAUGAGGAUGGUUCAAAAACUCGUGGCCCCGCAAAAUGCUUCAUACUUUAUAUUAAAGUAAGACAUGUUUUUUGGGGGAAUUGGUAUCAUGGUACCCAUUGA